UCCACUUGCUCCUUUUCUGAUGUCACUGCCUUGUUCCUCCAGCGCUGCUCCAGUGUCCUGCAUGUACUUCAUCACUCCUCAUCUCUGUCUCCCUUUGCAGGCUGAGCUCAUGCUCACCCUUCGCUGCAAGAAUGUGUGUUAUAUAAUGAACAUGUGUAUUGAAACCACUGUGACAAAAACUCUUGAGAGUGUGUCUCCUUGUGUGUCCUGUCCUGAAGAAGAAAAGUCAAAGCAUUCUGAUCUCUGGGUUUCAAAGGGGUGUAAAAACACCAUUUCUAAGGUCUCGUCAAACUGCAGCAGUCACAGCUGGAACAUGUCAGGAAUCCGCUGGGCUUCUCUUUCUGGAAAAGAGCGUUUAUACGGAGGCCAUUCUCUCAGACUCUUCCCUGUCAGUGACAGGGCCAGAGGCUACUGCUCCAGUCCUGAGCAGGAGGCGGAGGAAAUUUCAAAUCAGACUGAAGAAGAUGCAGCUGCCAAUUUCUCUUUGAGUUUUUCGGAUCCGGAAUAUGGGCCGAAGAGGCACAGGCACCACAAAGGAGAUCACCGGGAAAACCGAAGAAUUCCGAAACCCCGAGCCUUUCCCGGGGGCCUCGGCAAUCGCAGAUUACCCUCCUCUGUCCCAGCAUGCAAUGCAGCUGCAGAAAAGAAUGGCCAAGGGGGGUUUCCAGAGAGAGGCCCUGCAGACAAGCCAACUUCGAAAGUGCCGCUAAAGCUGCAGAUUAAAGUGUGCAGUCAGAGAGGAAGUCUUGGCAUUAGCAUUGCAGGAGGAAAGGGAUCAGCGCCUUAUAAUGAAAACGAUGAGGGGAUUUUCAUUUCCAGAGUUUCAAAGGGAGGCCCAGCAGAAAGGGCUGGAGCCCGUGUAGGAGACCGACUGCUGGAGGUGAACGGUGUGAAUAUGCAGACUGUCUCCCACCAUGAAGCUGUGAGCACCCUGAGGAAUGCUGGGAGUUGCAUCAAGAUGACUGUGCUGCGACAGAGAGCACACGGCUUAGACAGCGCCAGUGUGCAGGAGACAGAAAGCAUCAAAGGCAGAAAGUGCAGUGAGCAGCGCUCUCCACAGAGGAGGGAGCUGGGCUUAGAGCACAGCCUAUCCGAAAUGAAGGAGACUCCUGUCUGCAAUGGGAAUGGCUCGGGUCUCUCUGAGUCUGAGGAGGACCAGAGCAGAAUUGCAAGUGACACAGAAGCAGCCUUCCAAAAUAAUGUGUUCCCAACGGUACAGAAUACCAUGACAAUACCUCGCAUUAUCCUCACCCAUCCUUCUACCUCGGAUGAAGAUGUUGAACAGUUAACACAAGACCCCGUGGAAGAAGAACCCGAUGAAUUAGACAGCGCAGACAAUCAGACGUCUUCAGGCUGCUCUACUAGUGUGUUCUACCUUCCCUAGAGGCACACAGAGCAAGAUACCUUGUGCAGGCGCAGCGUCUAAGAAGUGCUUCUUUUUUAUUUUCUUCUCUUUUACACUGAACUGGGGAGUGGGGUAGUGUAGUGGGUAGCCCCAUGACUGAUAGGUUGUGGGUUCAAGUCACCACUGCAGAUGCUGCUGUCGUCUGGUGUGAGGUGCUGUACCCCAGUUGCUCCAGUUCACCCAGCUGUAGAAAUGGAGGAGACCCGCUGGGUGUGGUGUCCAGGCAGGAGAGUCACGUGCUCUUUUGUCUGCCCAGCACCAUGGAGACUGGAAUAAGCUUCAGCUUGAUAGGCAACUGCGGCUUGGAUAUGGAAAUUGUCUACCUAGACCGAAUCCGAAUGUUAUAAAGAAAAAACUGCUUUAUUUGUAGUUUGUACAAUUUAAAGUAACUUUAAAAAUGUUCACACUGUCACCCUUUAAAUGCGUUUUAACAGAAUUUUUCAGGUGGAUGUUUCAGAGACAACCAUCGAAAGAAUUUAAAAAGAAGGAUGUGUCGUCCACCAGGAACUGUGGAGAAUAUACUUUUCUGCGACAGCAGCAAGUAACAUCAAUAGCAUUAUGUGCAGAGAGAUCUGAAAAAUGUUUGUAAUUUAUUUGUAAGAGAUUAUGCAUCCAGUUUUCUGUGUCUGUUUGAAUAAUUGCCGAGAAAUCUGUCCUAAGAUCUUAUGUUGCUUAAAAAUUGAAAUGAGUAUUUCUUUGCACUGAUUUAAUUCUCUUUAAAAAAAGUAAAAGAUGAUGUAGCCCAUAUUGAAUAAUGAAUAAAACUUCAUAUGUAAGUAUAUAAAUAUACACAAAAAAUUUUUUUGUAUAAAAUAAUUUUUGUAUUUUCAGAUAUGCACUGAUCCAAGCCUUACUGUUCUUUGUACUAUUGUACUUGGUAAAAAAAUGUUGUUAAUCCAACUAUCAUGCUUACAGUAUAUUGCUCAUUAAAUGACACGUCUUGAAAGAAAGUUCCAACAAACUUCCUGCAGUAUUUGCAGUUUUUUAUCUCCAUUGUGUAUUGUAGAACAUACGGCUGAGCCACUAGCAAAGUGCAAAAAGCAAAUUAUUUUUUUCUUAUAACAUUAACAGAGAACUAGAAUUACUAGAACUGGGGAUGUGUACAUACAGUACUGUAUGAAGGACUAUGAGAAAAGACUAUGCCAGAAUGCAGUUGCAAUGAG